UCUCAGAGAGAUACUGCAACUCCGGCGCGAAUUCUCUCUCUCUCUCUCUCUCUACAAGGAAAAUGGAGGAAGAAGAAGAGCAGCAAAAGUCACGGCCAAAUCAGGAGAGGAAGAGCUCCAUAGUGAUAAAGAUACCAUCUUAUCAGGAAGUUGUUGAGAGCUCACAGUCGAAGUCAACCCCACUCUCUCUCUUCAACCCCUCCCAGUCCUUCUCCCAAGCCUUCUCCUUCAUCAAAUCCUCCGAGUUCUACAUCCCUCCUCCUCCACUCUCUAGCACCUCCUCCUCUUCCUUUUCACAGCCGGUUCAGGCCUCGGAUGGAACCGGUUCAAGGCAAACUACUCAAUCAGAUGCACCAUCUUCUUCCUCAUCGGCUUCUGCUCCUGCUGCUACUCCUUCGUUGAUGUUAUCAACGUCACUUGUCACACAGAGUCGCAAUGCUAUUCUUGUGAGCCACAGACAGAAAGGAAAUCCCUUGCUCAGACAUAUCAGGAAUGUGAGGUGGGCUUUUGCGGAUGUUGUCUGUGACUACUUGCUUGGUCAGAGCUCAUGUGCUCUCUAUCUGAGUCUUAGGUAUCAUCUGCUGCACCCAGACUACUUGUAUUUCCGUAUCAGAGAACUGCAAAAGAAUUUCAAGCUUCGCAUUGUUCUAUGUCAUGUUGAUGUGGAAGAUGCAGUCAAGCCUUUACUUGAAGUUACUAAGACAGCUCUACUUCAUGAUUGUACCCUAUUAUGUGCUUGGAGCUUGGAGGAAUGUGGACGCUACUUGGAGACGAUAAAAAUCUAUGAAAACAAGCCUGCAGACAUUAUUCAAGGCCAAAUGGAUACAGACUAUCUUUCACGGCUAAAUCAUGCUCUGACAACGGUUCGACAUGUUAACAAGACCAAUGUAGUCACCCUUGGUACUACAUUUGGGGUAUGCUGCCUGCUGUUUCACACCUACAUAUUUGCUUUAUUUUUGUGCGCGCACAACUGUUUGUCUGUUCAUAUUGAGCUGGUUGUUAUGCCACUGCAGUCCCUUUCACAUAUAAUGGAUGCAUCCAUGGAAGAUCUAGCCCGAUGCCCUGGAAUAGGAGAGCGCAAGGUAAAACGUUUGUAUGACACUUUUCAUGAGCCAUUCAAACGGGUGGUUUCCAGCCGUUCUACUGUCCCAGAUACUCCUAUCCAAGACAAUGGUGAACCUUGCUCUACCAAAGAAAAAGACGAGGACGAGGACAAGGACAAAGAAAAUGCAAGCAACCAUAAGAAAGAGCCUGAAGUGACAGUUAAAUCAGCCCUGUCUGCUGCUUUUGCCAAGUAUACCGAUAAAGUUGGUAAAAAGAACAACACCUAGUCAAUGGGGGAAAAGAGAGGAGAAACAUCUGUUUCUGUGGAAUCAGAAGCUAAAAGAAAAGGUUCCUUAUGGAGUUGCUCCAAGUUGAUUACCUUUUUCAGACCUCAACAGAAGCCAAAGCAUGAGAGCUAGGUGAGAUGGAAAUACUGAAGGUUUCGCCAUACUUUAUAUGUUGGCACUGGAAAGAAAUCAGAUAGUGGCAGUCUACACACACUUUAGUGACACCCGUUAAACUGGUCCUUUCAUGCCCUUGACUUUAUCUCUGCACCAAAGAAAAUCUUGAGUCAAAAUGUAAUUUGUAUAUCUACAUAUAGAUUCCUAGAGUUACAGUUUUGUUGUAAUAUUAACAUUCAUUUUCCCCAAUGAAAUUAAGCUGUCAUUUUUGCA